AUGCUCCGACGCCUCUCGACCGACGCGCGCCGGAAGCUCAAGGCGCGGCAGCUCGUCGAUGUGACGAUCGAGUCGCUCGACAUUCACGGGCUCGGCGUCGGAAAGGACGCGGCAACCGGCCUCCUCUGCGCGGUCAACGGCGCGAUUCCAGGCCAGCACAUCAAGGGCCGCGUGCUCCAAGACAGCGUUGUGCCAGCACGUGUGGCGCAGAUGGAGCUGGUCGCCGAGAGCCCCGACUUUGUCCCGCCAGUUUGCCCCGUGUUCGACAACUGUGGCGGCUGCAAAACUCAGCACUACCCAUACGUCAAGCAGGUGGCUGCUAAGCACGCCGCGAUUCAAGCCACGUUGGGUCGGUCGGACGUCGCGCCCAUGGCCAGCGCCACCGCAGCCUUUGGCUACCGCAACAAGAUGGAGUUUACGUACAGCGCAGGUCGCUGGCUCACACUGCUGGACACCGUCCAAGAUACGCACCAAGCGACGCUGGGCCUCUUUCCCAAGUCGAAAGGAACGCGGCGCUGGGACGGCCGCGUCGUGGCGAUCGACCAUUGCGCGCUACAGUCGGAGGUUGGGAACCGCCUCGUGGCGACGCUCUGGCGCGUCUGCAGCGCGCUGCCAGCGUACGAUUUCCUCAAACACACGGGGUUCCUGCGCCAUCUCGUUGUGCGCGUCGGGUCGACACUGGGCGGUGACACGGAGGUGCUCCUCGGUCUCGGCACGGCCACGAUCGACGACGCCACGGCGCCGGCCGUCGCAGCCGUCGUCGACGCGCUUCUCGCGACCGCCGACGAUGCGUCGGUCGUUGUUUCGGUCGUUCAAUACAUGGACGACGAGAUGGUGCGUCGGUUCCGCAAGAGCCACGAUGGGCAGCGACCGCAGGAAACGCUCCGCCUCCUGCACGGCCGGUCGUACAUGAAGGACACGAUUCUCAACAAGGAGUUUCGCGUCUCGCUCCAGUCGUUCUUCCAGCCCAACACGGCCAUGGCGUCCGUGCUCUACGCGUACGUGGCAGCGGCGCUUCAAGCCCGCGCAACGCCGCCGGUGGUCUGGGACCUCUUUUGCGGCGUCGGCUCGAUCGGGAUUUGCGUCGCCGACCACUGCGCCCACGUGGUCGGCAUUGACAUCGUACCCGACGCCAUCGUCGACGCCCGCGCCAACGCCGAGGACAAUGGCGUCGCCAACAAGAUGUCCUUUCUCUGCCGCGACGUCCUCGCCGAUGGUAUUCCCGACGGCCUCCCGCACCCGGACGUGGUCAUCGUCGACCCGCCGCGCGCCGGCCUCAACUCCGAGCUCAUCUCGUUCUUGACGUCAACCGUGUCACCGGACGAGAUCCUCUAUGUGUCGUGCAACGUCGUGAGCCAGGCGCGCGACCUUGAGAAGCUCACGGCGGCCGGCUACAGCGCCGUGUCGAUCCAGCCCGUCGACAUGCUGCCGCACACACCCCACGUCGAAAACAUCGUUGUCUUGCGGAAAGCUAAUUGAGCC